CAGGGGCUUCUUUCAGGUGCCCUAUGGGGUGGUAUCUCAGCCCCAUUGGUGGUUGGUGGUGGCUGUUGGUGGCCGUUGGUGGCCCUGCUGCCAUUUUGUGCCCCUGAAGGAGGAUGCGGCCCCAGCUGCCCACCGCAUCCGUGCUGCUGUUGUGGGUCCUGGCAAGCACUGAUCCCUCCGUGUUGGCCCCACGGUUGUCCUUGGAGGUCCUUGUUGAGUGCGGAUGGCGGCCGCUCAUGGAUGACAUCUCAGGAUCCAGGAUUGUGGGUGGUGAUACAGCCCCGUUGGGAUCGUGGCCGUGGGCCGUCAGCCUCCAGGUGCAACUGGUGGGGGUGAGAUUCGCCCACAUAUGCGGCGGAGCUUUGGUCAGUGAGAACUCGGUGCUCACCGCUGCCCACUGCACGACGGGACGGAUGGACCCGUAUUAUUGGAGAGCAGUGAUGGGCACAAAUAACAUUUGGAAACACAGCAAACACGUACUAAAAAGAAGGAUCGCCCGCAUCUACGUGCACCCCGAAUUCAACAGAGAGACGUUUGAAAACGACAUUGCUUUGUUUCAGCUGCGUUCUGCCGUGCACUACAGCGAUUACAUCCAACCCAUCUGCUUACCUCCUAUACACCCUUACCUGUACGCUGACAACAAAAUCAAGUGCUUUAUCAGCGGCUGGGGACACGUAAGAGAAAAAGGCAAACCUUCAUCUGUGCUGCAAGAGGCAGGAGUGGAAAUCAUUCCUUCCCAUGUCUGUAACAGCUCUCAAUCAUAUGGAGGUCUGAUCAACGCCAACAUGAUCUGUGCUGGCUCUCCAUCAGGAGGAGUUGAUUCCUGCCAGGGAGACAGCGGAGGACCUUUGGCGUGCCACUACCCCCCAGCCAACAAAUUCUAUGUGAUAGGGGUCACCAGCUUUGGGCUCGGCUGCGGCCAUCCCAAUUUCCCUGGGAUCUACGUCCGAUUGGCUCCAUACAGAAGGUGGAUCAAAUCCCAACUUCUGCUGAUCAGCACAGCCACAGCUCCUGCCAGCACCGCCCUUACCCUGACUGCCAUAGGGGUGGUGCUCCUGCACACUUCCUAAGGCAACAUCAGCACAGCUCCGUUCAUCUCGUUCCAGGACAAAUCUUGAAGCAAUAGGACAUAAUUGUGUCCCAUCCAAUCUGCAUUUGUAAACAACACUUAAAAAAGCCUGGAGUCGUGUCCUUUCUUGUAAAUGUAGGAACUAAAGCAAGGUAACAGUAGUUAAUGUACACAUCCAUCAAGGUAACAACAGUUAAUGUACAUAUCCAUGGGUGUUUUGUAAGGGUGUGAGGUUUCAAACUGUGCUAACCUCCCAUCUUUUCCAAGGUACGAAGCAGUUACAUGAAUUCAUCACAUUAAAACCUUAUUAGUGUAUGUCACAAUGACAACACAGUGAUAAUAACGUGAAUAUCAAUUGUCUGCUUGUCAGAAGGUUUGAUAUUUCACCACCUUAUGCAGCGUGUUCUACCCUCCCUUCAAGGAAAGCUGCAAUACAUCGAGCUGUAGAAUCUUGGCAUCCUCACAACAAAACAUCAUUUCCUUGAGAUAAAUUGGUGGCUUUCUCUCCUGAAAAGCUUCUCCCAUAGACCUGCAUGGAGACGGUAAAUGUGAGAGCUUCAGGUUGAUGAAAGCAACCCUAAAAGCGUGAAAUCUAACAUUAAAACCAUUGAGCAGUGCUCCCAAAUGUGUGUAUUUCAUUACUAUCUUUUCUGCCUUUGAUCUCUAUACUGAAAUAAGAAGAAAAGGUAACAAGCUCGACCCUAAUAAUGACAGUGAGUACAGGAACUGCACCGGCUGGAAAUGCUUUUCCCUACCCUACUGCUGUGCUUUCCCAGCUGUCAGAAACUUACUUAGGGAUUAUGGAAUAUCAGCACGGCUCUGUGGAUGGCACAGACGCUCCCUCUGCUGGGUGAAUGGCAGCAGAACACACGAUGGUUUCAGCUCUCAGAGGCUUGAAUGGAAACAAGUACCUGCAGAAAGGCCAAAGGAGUUUUGCAAUGAGGACUGCAUGGCAGGACACACGUGGGAAGAGAUGCUGCUGCAGUGGUGGGUUAAUUAAAAGCAAGUAAGACAAGAAAUAAAGAACAUCAGAGUUAUCUUUUGGUGACUUUAUUUACCAAGGUCAAAAUCUGCAACCAUCUAAUUGUUUUGACAAAUAUUUACAGUUCAUAUAAAGCACGUAUGUUGGUUUGGAACAAAACAAAAGCAGAGCAGUAUUUGCUACUACACCUCUCACUCUCAGGAUACAGGUUUUGUUUCUCUUCCUGAUGUUACAAAGUAAAUCCAGAAAUCAGUACUUUGUGAUAAGCGAUUACUUAAAGCACAAACCCGUGUUACUGGUGAAUACCUCCGUGAUGAGAAAUUCAGCUGCUCUUUCCAAAGGAUAAAGGGCUGCCUAAAGGUCCUAAAGCGUCGCUCCGUAUUUGCUCCACUUGCUGAAAUAAAGAAUUGGCCACUGUGGGUUUUAUUUUGUACAGUCUUAACACGUGAUAACUUCCUUAAUGAUGAUGAUUCUGUAUUACAAAAGAAGGUAAAGGAACGACAGCACGCAGUGAGGAUGAGGAUACUGCACAGAGGAGCUGCCACAUCAGUCCCAGCAUUGCAGAUCAGUCCCUCUGAAGCGCACACACACUGAUGGCAGACAGUGAGAGUCCAAUUCUAGAGGUGCUGAGCACCCCCCUGGGAGCACUUUACUCUUAAUGGCUUUCUCAGCAUUGCUGGUUAUGGCUGAUGUGCAACAAAAGCAUUCUUAUUGUGUUUGACACGACUGAGGACACAAGUGUACGCUCCAGUCUGGCCUAAAGGAAAUGUGUUGUGGAUGACGGACGCGUUCUAUUCAGGAAGCCUGGAAUAAAAACGUUUGUAUAGGCUGCUAACAGUGGGACUGUGGAGCGCAGUGUCACCCUCACAGCACUCAAAGAGCUCUGCUUGCUCAUGAGUUCAAAAUGAGUAAAAUAAAAACAUGGAAAAGCAGCACAAAUCAGGGGAGUGAGCACAUCUCCUAACUUCAUUCAGGUCCGAGCCAGCACAAUACACACACACACACACACACGUAGCUCUAACACCUUUUGCACAGCGUAGCCCAUAGUGCAAUUCCCAACCGACAGAUCUGGAAGCAGGAUUCGAUCCUAACUAUGGAGAAUAGUGUGUUUCUUCACCACGCAAGAAGCACUGAGCACACAUUUGUCUGUGUCACAGAAUGGCAGAACAGCUGAGGUUGGAGGGAGCUCUAUGGGGUGAGGAGGACUCCCAGUGCUACCCAGCACUGUGCCCAUAUGGAUUUUAACACCCCUGGUCACAUCAAACACAACGUCUGCCUGAAACAAAUCAAAGUGAUACCAGCCAGAAUCUGAGAGCAAUCAGAUCAAACACGUGCAGAUAUUAUCAACUGUAGGGGAAAAAAAAGCCCCAAUUCAUGUUUUUUUUCCCCCCCAAGAUCCAUUUCUUCUGUAAGCUGCCUACAGACAUAUAAAACUAAUUCAAAUAUCUCCUACACCAAAGAGGAUCUCAAUUUUGACUUUGUGCUAUCCAUAAAAAUAUACGCUUGAAAAUCUGGUUCACAAAAUAUUUCAUUUGUUUACUAAAAUGAAAUAUAUAAACUGUCAAAAUACGUAUAUAAACUUAAUUUUGGAACUUGUAAAGAUCACAAUUCAGCUACAAAAUAUACCAACCAUCUGCCUUGUUUUCAAUAGAGUAUUUGCUUACAAAGAUACCAUUACUUUGCAAAAUAUUGCCUACUUUACAAAAUUAGUCCAGAAGUUUUGCACUACUUUCAGCAUACAAACCACAGAACCUCAUGAAACCCUUUGGUAUAUUCUUCUGUCCUCUGCUUUAUCGUACUUCUAUUUGGUUUACAUCCCAAAGCACAGUAGAAUCUCCAGACAGAAUAAGCAGUGCAUAUUUAAUUGUACAGAUAAUCAGCACACCGUUUCUUGUUCCAUUAUAGAUGUCUAUCAGGCCCAGAAACUAAAACCAAACCAUUAUGAAAUCACCCUCCUGAAACUUCUGUGCACCGUCCCUCACUCUACCAAGCUGUGCUUUAAAAUAACUGGAUGUGUUGAGCUCUCUGAAGUCAACACCACUCCGUGCACCCCAGGCAUUUUCAGGGCUGCUCCUCUCGUUGCUUUCUGCAGAUCCUUUCCUAAUCUGAUAAACACAGCAAACAUUGAAGGAAAAAACAAAACGAAACAAAAGGAAAAACCUGUAAAACUGUCAGCUGAAAAAGAGGAAACAUAAUUUAGGCCUCAAGCACAGGAUUAGCUUCUAUUCACCUGCACCUGUAAAUAACAACUUACAGGCUCAAAUUAAAAUAUUUACAUACAGAUAA